ACUUUUUUCAUUCACGCGCAGUCACAGCGUUAUCAAAAUAUUAUAACUGCACUGCAUGCACUUUACAGUUUCGGUUUUGACUUACCAUCCGGCGUCAAGCUUUGUCUGUCUAGCAUGUGCUGUUAUUACCGUCGUGAGUAUAAGAAAUCUAUUCGCAUAGUAUACGAUAUAGCAUGUUUUUGCCCGUCACUGUGGCAAAAUUAGUGCGUGGUGUGUUGUGCAAUCGACACCGUCACCUGACUCUUCCAUUGAGUCGCGUCUGUUUGACAAGGUGCGGAGUUCCGUCGGUCCGGAAGAGGUUUGUGUCCACCACUCCGAGUUUACGGCACGGUGAUUUCGAAUGGCAGGAACCGAAAAACGAAGCUGACAUAGUCCGAGUGGCGUUCAUUGAUAGAGACGGCAAGCGCACAGAAGUCAAGGGAAAAGUCGGUGACAACGUUCUGUAUCUGGCUCAUAGGUAA